CUCCCCGGAAGCGCUGUACCUACGGGAAUGAUCUAUAAAGGCGUCUCUGGCACCUAGAAGCAACCGAGGCUAGCUUUGAGCAGGACAGAAGGCCAGAAGCCAUUUUCGCGCAGGCGCAAGAAAAAAAGAAGCGUGCCUUUGCAAAGUGCGUGGGUUCCAACGGACCGAGUGUGCAGAGUUCGGGAACGGGCCCACCUUUUAAGCUACGCAGAAGCGGCAAUUGUUGUUGCGCCAGAAAGGAGCUACUGACACCCUUCCUUGGGAGUAAUCCUCACUGGCUAAAGUGCACCUUACUUCUGAGUAAACACACAUAAACUUAAAUUGGCGCUGUGAAGGCGCACCUGAGAAAGACCAGAAUGAGGCCGUGUGAGGCGAGAAGGACAAGAGGAGGAAGUCACGGCGGGCAUCGCUGAGGGCUCGCCUUUGAAGCUGCAGGUGUAUCAGCCCGGGGCCGCCGCCCCCUCUCCGCCAGGCGGGGGGAGCUUUGAGGGUGGAGUCGGAGAGGCGGGGCAGUUCUCACCGGGCGCGCAAAGCCUCGGCUUAGUGGCCGAGUAAUGCGCGCGCCUCGGGGCGGAGCUUGGAGCGUCUUCCUCGAGGGAUUGGCUUGGGGUUUCUGGUCUGCUGCAGGACCGUCCCGGAGAGAGACAGAGAUGGGGGAUGAAGGGAACUGACCCACGACGGCUCCUGGCUGAGGUAGACCCUUCCUCGGGGCGGGGUGGGGGCAGUUUGUGAAUGAGAGGCACCUGGCGGGGGAGAGGGGUCAGCUGUGUCGUAGCCCGCCUGGAGGCAGAAAUCCGGACAGCACUUCCCGAACUGGGACAGAGAGUUGACCGAAAGACCUGAUUUCUGCCCUUUGGUUCCUUGUCUGCAUGUAUUCUGACUUGGUGAUGGCAACAGAAUUCAUCAAGAACUGCUGCAGAGGGUGUUUGUACAUCAAGAAAGAAAAGCAUGACUCCUCUCUGGAGAAGGACUCUGAAGUUGAAGCCAAAUAUAGAUCUGAUGUUGUGGAGAAACCUCCUUUGUCGUCUGUGUCAGUGAAAAGGCAGGUUGGCUGUUCAGAGGAUUAUCUUCUCUCCAAGCUCCCCCCGGGGGGCAAGGAAGUGCCCUUUGUGGUCCCACAAUUCAAGCUUGCCUACAUUCAGCCCAGGAACCUUGGUAGUUCUUCUCACCUUACUGGAAUUCAAGGUUCUGCUGUAACAACUUUUGGUGACCGGAAGACAGAACUUUCCAGCGCAUAUCAGCAAGGGCCUCUGUUGGACGUGGUGUAUAACCCAUUCUAUAUGCAGCAGCAUCCACCUCCUUCCCCAGAUUUAAUCAGAGUCCGCCCAGAAAAAUCAGACAAUAGAAGACUAUAUGGGUCAGUUUGUGACUUAAGGAGUAGCACAUUGCCUGGUUCAUCCACUUUAAGUCACUCUAUGUUUGAUCUUACAAGUCCGCCCCACCGAUUCUUGCAGAGAUACGAUUCAGUGUCCAGUGUUCCAAGCAGCACCUCCUCAAGGAAAAAUUCAGAAGGUAGUAACAGGAGUCUAGAUACCAUUACGUUAUCAGGUGAUGAGCGAGAAUUUGGCAGGCUGCAUGUGAAACUGUGCUAUGUUCCUUCGGUGGAGCAGAUAUGGAUUACAGUCUUGCGAUGCAAAGAUCUGAACUGGUCAUCUGGGUGUGGAGAAAGCCCUCAUAUUUCUAUCAAGGGAAUUCUUACAUUUUCUAAGCCAGUGCAGUUCAAGUGUAUGGCCAAAGAAGCUUCCAGCGACAUUGAAUUCAUGGAAACUUUUGUCUUUGCUAUCAAACUGCAACUUUUACAGACUGCAAGACUACUGUUCAAAGUACAGACUCUGACUCCCAGAAAGAAAACCAUAGGAGAGUGUGUCCUGCCACUGCGAGAACUCAGCACACGUGAAACUGACUAUUGGUUGACAAUAGCACCUCCUUCCAAAGCAUCAGUGUGUUCUGCAGAACUGAAAAUAGGUACCUGUUUUCAAGCGGUAAAUAGCCGAAUCCAGUUGCAAAUCCUUGAAGCCCAGAACCUCCCAAGCUCAUCCACACCAUUAUCUUCAAAUUUUUUUGUGAAGGCUGCAAUGUUUAGUGCUGGAGAGCUGGUUGAGAAAAAGAAGACCCGCCUACUGAAGUCUUCCAAUAGUCGAGUAAAAUGGGGCGAAACGAUGAUUUUUCCAGUGAGCCAGAAUGAGCAAGGGGUUAACUUUCUCAUCAAACUAUACAGCAGGAGCUCAGUGAGAAGAAAACACUUUCUGGGACAGGUGUGCCUAAGCAGUGACAGCAGCAGUAAUGAAGCUGCAGAUCAGUGGCGAGACACAAUGACUAACCCAGAGAAGUUUGUCAUUAAGUGGCAUAAUGUCUGCGCAGCAUGAUGCUGCUAUGUGGGCAGCAUUUUCUUGGUAGUGAAAUGGACUUGGCCCAAGAUGACCACUGCCCUGAAUUGAAAUGAACAAGCACUAAGUAUGACGACAAGGAUGACCAGCACCUGCAUAAAUUUUGUAGAAUGCUAUUUCUGGCAAAGAAGAUACGGGAAGAAAGUAGUGUUGGCAAGAAAUAGAAAUAAAGCCAAGGGUGGGGGAAGCCAAGCCUUGUCUGCUGAAUUUAAGGGUCACCUUGAGAUUGGACUAACUAUUGCUCUUUUAUUUUCCGAAAGGAUUUUACAAAUAGAACUUUAUAUAUUUAUGCUCAUCUUAGAAUAACUAAAUUAAUGUUCUCUGAAACCUGCACAAAACCUGCACAAAAAUUAUGUGGAAGGGCCUUCAUUGAGGAAGAAUCUGCCUUUUUUUGUCAUUUGAAAGCCCUAUCUUAACUGCUGCCUUAUACCUAAAACUGUGCUGUAGUUGCCUUAAUAGAUUUAACUUCAUGAUGACAGAGAGAGGUAAGGCAGGCUGAAGGGGUGGGGGGGGGAGUUAGUAUUUGUUGUUUAAAACAUUUUGGUUCAAAUAAAGGUUUUUUGAAAUAA